UUGCGCUUGCGCACCGGGCUUGGCUGUACUUUACAACGCGUUUGCGUGAAGGAUGGCAGCGCCGGGGACCGUGGAAGAGAUGCGGACCCGCGUGGUUCUGGGCGAAUUCGGUGUUCGCAAUGUCCACACAACAGAUUUUCCUGGGAAUUAUUCAGGAUACAAUGAUGCUUGGGAUAAGCAAAGAUUUGAAAAGAAUUUCAGAAUAGAUAUGAUCCAUAUGGAUGAAAGUACUUUGGAAUUUGACAUGGUCGGGAUUGAUGCAGCCAUUGCUAAUGCUUUCCGACGGAUCUUGCUUGCUGAGGUGCCAACCAUGGCUGUGGAGAAAGUCUUUGUAUACAAUAACACCUCCAUUGUACAGGAUGAAAUCCUAGCUCACCGUUUGGGACUGAUUCCUAUUUGUGCGGAUCCUCGUCUCUUUGAGUAUAAGAGUGAAGAAGAUGAAUGUGAUGAAAUUAACACACUGCAGUUUCGGUUGAAAAUAAAAUGCAGCAAGAAUCUUCAGGCGGCUAGAGAAUCAUCUGAUCCUAAUGAACUUUAUAUCAACCAUAAAGUUUACAGCAAACACAUGGAGUGGGUACCACUAGGAUCUCAGGCUGACAACAUGAAUGCAAAUUUCCGACCUGUCCACGAUGAUAUCCUCAUUGCUCAGUUGCGUCCUGGCCAAGAGAUUGAUGUACUUAUGCACUGUGUAAAGGGCAUUGGCAAAGAUCAUGCCAAAUUUUCUCCAGUUGCCACAGCCAGUUACCGUUUGUUGCCAGAAAUCACUUUAUUGCAACCUGUUGAAGGGGAAGCAGCUGAGCGGCUGAAAAAGUGUUUUUCUGCUGGAGUUAUUGAGAUAGAGGAAAUCAGAGGAAAGAAAGUAGCAAGAGUAGCUAAUGCUCGAUUGGACACAUUCAAUAGAGAAAUUUUUCGUCAUGACGACUUAAAAAACCUUGUACGUUUGGGUCGGGUACGAGAUCAUUACAUCUUCUCUGUAGAAUCCACAGGCAUCUUGCCUCCAGAUGUGCUGGUGAGUGAAGCAAUCAAAGUACUAAUGGGAAAAUGCCAACGCUUCGUAGAGGAGCUAAAAUCCAUCCAGAAGAAAUAAAUUUGGGAACACAAAAGACUCUUGUGGGGACAUACCACUAUCAAAAUCCUUCGAUUUGAAGAGGAACAAGAUUGCAUCAGUCUGUAAGACAAUGACCUUUCUGAGAUGUCAAAAAACAAUGGUUGCUGAACCAUUGCUAUUGCUAUUUACACAACAUGGACACGACUGAAAUUCAGGAUAACAAAGUGCCCUGUGUACUAUUUGUAGUCUGGCAAUGUUGGAUGCCAUUCUUUGAUAAGGCUUUGCAAUCACGUGUACACAGAGAUUCGUAGAAUGAACUAUACGAUUUCCGGUGUUAGUCUUAGUUUCCAUUACAACAGUGGGAUAGAAAUCUUACCUGUGUAGUGGAUCACUUAUUAUAUAGUACCUGUUUGCUGAUCUGGUACUAUAUGCUAUGAGAGUUUCACAAUUUAGCACCUAUCUACUUGAUGUCCAUAGUUCCUAUAGUCAGCAAAAAAAAUCCCCAAGUCAGUUGAUCUGUGCCUGAGCUGUAGUUUUCUGCUUCAAUAUCCAUGAAAAUACUUGAUUCUUUCAAAAAUUUAAAUCCUGUUAACUGUCAUUAUUUAAUACACUUUUGUAUAAUAUUGGUAUUA